AUGGAGGCUGGAUCAAAUGCUCAACAAGAAGGCGAUAUUGAUAAGUCAAAGGCGAUGAAACUGGAAGACAAAGAUGCUUUUGGUCGAGUUGGAAUGGACAUGAGCAAGCACAAAGAGGCUAAGUAUGAGUCGAGCGACAAAGCUAUCAAAAACAAGAUCGAACACUUUACGUAUCAUGGAUCCGAUGAGCUUAAUGAUGCGUGUAAAUUCACAAUGAAGAAGCGUCGACUCAAUAAUAAGAACCAAAUCCAUUUGUCGGUUGCUAUUUCUCAGCUUGCCAAGCUACGCAUGCUUCAGUUAAACUAUGGCUGCAUAGAUUUCUGCUUCGAUCUCUUCGACAUCCAGUAUCAGGAGAUGGACACUGAUUUCACUAAUAUCGCUUUCAGCUGUGACAAUCCGUUUCGAGACUGUAUCAAAUCUGAGCUACGAAAUCACUAUCCGGAGCAUAAAAACGAUUGGUUCCCACGCGACUACAACACUGAUGUAGCUAAGUUCGAUACGCCGUAUCCUUGUUUGUUUAACAAUAAAUGGCCAGGUGAUGCUACUAUGUCAUUAUCCAGGGGUAUGCAGCAGGGAGGUGGUCGAAUCUAUGUUUUUUUUAAUCCUGAUGGGUAUGAGACUUUUGUACGGGAUUGCAUCACGCUCGCAAGGUACAAAGAAGGGGUUCAGAUUAUAAAAAAACCCAAGGCUAUUAUCACUUAUACUCACGAUAAACAACGGGAUCAAGAAGAGUGA